CCGCCGUUGAAAUCCCAGUACGAUCGUGAGAGGAUUCCAAGACGAUGCAAAUCAACUCAACAUAAAAGACCAACACGAUUACAUAUCCACUUUGAAGUUAUCCGUUAAUCCGUGUCAGAUCUGUAUCCUGUUCUUAUGGGAAGUCCUAGAUUAGCAGCAAGGUAUUGGUGCCGAUACAUCCGUCCGUUCCAGCAGGCCUGCACUGUCUGCCCAGCAAACGAGCAGUGCACAUCUUGGAGACCUGCAUCCCCCUUGCAGCAGGAGUUCGGAUCAUUGUUACCCCGCAGCGCGAGCACAUGGAGCCAAUCAUCCGUCAUGAAAAAGCAGAGUACCUCAAUUGGGAAAGAUGCUUGCCUGUGCCCACAUUGCUCAGUGGCAGUUUCCAGGGCGAGCAAAAAUCACGCAAUUCUUUCCACUGCGGUUUCUGGAGAACAGCAGGUAGAUGAUGAGCACUUUAUGUGGUGCUCAAGUUGCAAGAAAAUGGUGGCACCUGAAAUGAGGGCGGUGAGGACCACCCGUGCCACUGGCUCUGGUGCGGACGGAGGCAACAUGCCAAGAGGCAUGGGAGGAGCAGACUCAGCACAGAAGGGGCAUGCUGCCAGCUACCAGGCAUCCCAGGGCCACAUUGGUCAGCAGCCUCUGGAUGCGGUCCCAUCGUUUGGCGGCAGCACCAGCUCCACGGCUGAGGGCAGCUACCGGCUGUGGGACCCUUCCAAGGUGCCGACGCCCAGAAAGAUCGUGGCGGCGCUCGACAAAUUCAUUGUCGGUCAGGAAGCCACCAAGAAGACACUGGCAGUGGCUGUGUACAACCACUACAUGCGCGUGGCGCACGAGGAGCAGCGGCGCAAGAGGGCGCAGGAGAGGCAGGUGGAGCUGGAGAAGAGCAACGUGCUCCUGCUGGGACCCACAGGCACUGGCAAGACGCUGCUGGCCAAGACGUUGGCGCGUCUGGUGGAGGUGCCCUUUGCGAUGGCAGACGCGACGACGCUGACCCAGGCCGGCUACGUGGGCGACGACGUGGAGUCCAUCCUGUACAAGCUGCUGCAGAGCUGCUCCUACAACCUGCAGGUCGCCCAGCGCGGCAUCGUGGACAAGAUAGUGAAGAAGAGCGAGAACAUCAGCAUCACGCGCGAUGUGAGCGGGGAGGGGGUGCAGCAGGCGCUGCUCAAGAUGCUGGAGGGCACCGUCAUGAACGUCCCCGAAAAAGGCGGCCGCAAGAACCCCCGCGGCGACUUCCUGCAGGUGGACACCAAGGACAUCCUUUUCAUUUGCGGUGGUGCCUUCAUUGGCCUGGAUCGCCAGGUGGCAGAGCGGACCGCCAUGUCAUCCAUUGGCUUUGGUAACCCAGUCAGGGCCAAGAUUCAAGGCUUCGGGCAGCCCAAGGUGUCAUCCAAUGUGUUGAAACAAGUGGAGCAAACCGACCUGAUCCAGUACGGCCUCAUCCCCGAAUUUGUGGGCCGCUUCCCCAUCAUCUCCAGCCUGCAGGCGCUGACAGAGGAUGAGCUGAUGGAGGUGCUGACUCGGCCGCGCAACGCGCUGUCGCGCCAGUACGAGGCCAUGUUUGGUAUGAGCAGCGUGGGGCUGCACCUGACGCAAACCGCCACGCGCGCCAUCGCCCGCGCCGCCCUGGAGAGGGGCACCGGCGCUCGCGGCCUGCGCUCCAUCAUGGAGGGGCUGCUGCAGCCCGUCAUGUACGAGGUGGGUCUCGCCAUGCUCGCCAUUUGUUUCUUUAAUGUAGCAGUCUGUCAGCUGUGUAAUAUCACUUCACUGCUGCACUCGUUGGCCUGGGUGGUUAUGGUUCCCUGCUGUGUGACUGGGGUGUCUCCCUGCAGUUGUGGAAAGUUUUGA